AUGGCUAGAACAAAGCAAACCGCACGUAAGUCUACCGGUGGCAAAGCUCCUAGGAAGCAGCUCGCCACUAAGGCUGCACGUAAGAGCGCGCCAGCAACAGGCGGUGUGAAGAAACCUCAUCGUUACAGGCCUGGCACUGUAGCUUUGCGAGAAAUUCGCCGCUAUCAGAAGUCUACUGAACUUUUGAUUCGCAAGCUGCCCUUCCAGCGCCUUGUGCGAGAGAUCGCUCAGGAUUUUAAGACCGAUCUCCGCUUCCAAAGCUCCGCUGUGAUGGCUCUGCAGGAGGCCAGUGAGGCAUAUCUGGUUGGUCUGUUCGAGGACACCAACCUAGCAGUCGUCUGGCAAAUGUCUGGUCGCGGCAAAGGUGGAAAAGGUCUGGGGAAAGGAGGCGCUAAGCGCCAUCGCAAAGUUCUCCGUGACAACAUCCAGGGCAUUACUAAGCCAGCGAUUCGUCGUUUGGCUCGCCGUGGAGGAGUAAAACGUAUAUCUGGUCUCAUCUACGAAGAGACUCGUGGAGUCCUGAAGGUGUUUUUGGAGAAUGUGAUCCGCGAUGCCGUCACCUACACUGAACACGCCAAGAGAAAGACCGUCACCGCUAUGGAUGUAGUUUAUGCUCUGAAACGUCAGGGUCGCACUCUGUACGGUUUCGGUGGGUAAACUAUUUUUA